AUGCAUCGUGCUGGAGAUGUUCUGUCUUCACGUGGGCUAUCGGUCCUCUAUUCGACAACAAAUGGUACACAAGUGCUCGCUAUCACACUGGCCAUCAAAAUUACCAAGUACUACCAUCUUCCCACGCAAGAGUAUGAAAUCACUUUUCGGCAAACUGAAACACAAACUGAACGCACUGAAACUCGAACUGUUCAAACACAGGUACAUCGACGUCACUCGACAACCGCCUCAAACACAGAACUUCAUUUGCUGUCGGUCUCCGAACUUGAAGAUACGGUAGCUGCUGUUGUCUCUAAGUAUUUGCAGCAUCCUGUGCCACCAGCCCAACCUGAGCCAAUGCCAAUUGCUAAGCCAUCGCGUCCUGCCCCUGACGAGGCAAAAGAAGCAGGGAAGCGUCUGAAUGGAACACUGGGAAAGAAUCUCGUGCCCCGCCUACAGAAACUGCGAGUGCUCGACCGAAUGAUCGGCGAACGAACAGCACUAGUGGAGCGAUUUGAUGCGGAUUUUGUGAAGCAAGAGAUUGCACGUAAAAGGACGUUCAUCCUGAAGUGUCGAAUGGCUAAGGAGGGCAAGAAGCCUCCCAAAAAGGCGGAAUUGCCGGAACUUGCGCCACCGAAAUUGCCCUCCAAAGCAACCCGUGAAGUAGCCACACACAAUGAGGAAUCAGAAGAAUCUGAAGAGGCAGACGAGUCCACCGCCACGUCCACAGAAGAAGAGUCGACAAGCGAGAGCAGUACCUCAUCGUCAAGAGAGACGGUCCUUGAGAAUAAAUUCUUCAACGGCGCAUGGGGAGAAGCCAUCAACCGGGAAAGACGACAUUGUCGAAUGGCUAAAGAAGGCAAGGUUCUUCCCAAAAAGGCGGAACCUCCGAAGCCGAAGCUCCCCUCUAAAGCAACCCGCGAAGCGGCCACACAGUUUGAGAAGGCGGAAGUCUCGUCCGAAUCUUCAACGACCUCUGAAACAGCAUCUGAGAGCAGUGAGGAAUCAGAAGAAUCUGAAGAGGCAGACGAGUCCACCGCCACGUCUACAGAAGAAGAGUCGGCAAGCGAGAGCAGUACCUCAUCGUCAAGAGAGACGGUCCUGAGAAUAAAUUCUUCAACGGCGCAGGGGGAGAAGCCAUCAACCGAGAAAGACGACAUGGUCCAAGAGAUCGCCGAAGAACCUCCAAAAGCUCUCUCGCCAACCAGCCUCUACCUCAAACAGCUUCGUGAGAAGAUUCUCAAAGAACGAAUGGAGAAAAUUUAG